AUGAUCUUGCGAAGGAUACCUAGCCGUCCGGCUUGGUAUAGGGCAUUCAGCACUUCGCGAUCCAGCGGGGAAGUUUUGGAUGUUCGAAACUUGCCGAAUAAAAUAAUUCCUAAAUAUCUUGAAACACCGCGAAAUGACUUACUAUCUCUUCUAUGGCCCUCUCCACCCCAAAAUAUAUUCAUCGUAAAGAAAGAUGGUGCAUCAAAAAUUACCGAUAAUCUAGUAGAAUAUGUCAAGCACAUUCAUGCUAACUAUAACAACAUUUCCUUAAUAUUUGAAGCUAAAGUCGCGGCUGAAACGCACGAACUAUUUAACUUUCCCAUCUAUACCACGGAAUCCUUGAAUCUUUUUUCCACGAAGGUAGAUCUAGUCACGACGCUAGGCGGAGAUGGAACAAUUUUACACGCAUCCUCCCUAUUCAAUACAACAUCUCACGUUCCACCUAUUCUCUCCUUUAGCAUGGGUACACUUGGCUUCUUGGGAGAGUGGAAAUUUGAUGAGUACAAGCGGGCAUUUCGCGAAGUGUAUAUGUCAGGAGCUGCAGCAGGCUCACCACUUUUACAAGGCCAAAGCCAUGCACAGAUACAGGCUCCAGAUGAGAAGAUUAUGACCGGGUGGUCGGGCGUCAGAGGCAAGUCAAUGGGCCCCACGAGAAGCUCCAAAAUACUCCUACGAAACCGAGUUCAAGUCGGCGUAUUUGAUGAGGAGGGAAAUCGCGUCACAAGAUUUAAUCAAGCCAUAGGCGAGAAGGAGGACGUUUGUGCAAUGAAUGAGGUAGUCAUCCAUCGAGGUAAAGAGACACAUCUUGUCAUCAUUGAGGUCUUUGUUGGGGGAAGAUUCCUCACAGAAGCGGUCGCCGAUGGCAUUAUAAUCGCCACGCCUACGGGAAGUACUGCUUACAGCCUUAGUUCUGGUGGUAGUAUUGUCCAUCCACUUGUCAGCAGCAUUCUCAUGACACCAAUUUGUCCUCGCAGCCUCUCUUUCCGACCCCUUGUUCUCCCCGCCAACACACCUAUUACGCUUCGCCUCAGCAAGAAAAAUCGAGGACGUGAGCUAGCUGUAACAAUUGACGGUCAGGUCAAAGUUAAGGGGAUCGGUGUCGGAAUGGAGAUCCGUGUUUGUGCCAACGAUAUCAUCCGAGGUCAUGAUUGGACAGGAGGGGUCCCGUGUGUAAUGCGUGGCACUAGAAGUGGUGUAGAUAACAAUGAUGAUGGAUGGGUCGGGGGAUUGAACGGACUGUUGAAGUUUAACUAUCCUUUUGGAGAAGCUUUAUAA